GCGGGAGCGCGCAUGAGCGUACGUGCGCGUGCGCGUGCGCUCGAGCGCGUCAUCGCCUAGGACAGUGGCGAGUGUGUCUGGAGCUGUAAACGUGUUACAGGUAUCGCUCACUACCCUCCUCCUUCGACCCUCCUUUCCUCCUUUACAGUCAAAUCAAGUCGGGGUUGAAUUUCGAGAGGGAAGUCCGAGGACUUAGGGCCUGAUUUCUUUUUCUGUCGCCAUGCUUCUUCAGUUGUGUACAUGUGUGGUGGUGACUGAGAGGCAGUACAGGGAGUGACUACGCCCUAUUACUCCCGCCCCUGGCUUUUGUAGUACCCUUGAAGUGAUCCACCAGUCCUAACCCCUCCUUCCACAGAUGAUUCAAUUGGAGAAGUUUAGAGGGGUGGAAAGACUCGCCCCCUUCCCCCAGUCGCAAGCUUGGACACAGAGUCUGUUGCCAACCCACGUAUCCAGACGCUCAGUCAAGGGCUCUUGGCCCUGGCUGGCGUUUUGAAAAGGCUCGUUUUCCUUAAUUAUUGAAGAUUGAUAAAGCCCACUUACUUAAGAUAAUAUGCCCUGAAAUGUGUUUUCUGUGCCACUGACACCAGAAAUGCUAUUUAGAAGAAGUUAUCAGUAAUCCUGACAAAGGAUGCUUCCUGCAACUCAUAUCAGGCUGGAGGUGCCUUUAUAUUUUUCAUUGAAUUACUGUUUUGGUGAAUCGAAUGAAUCAUCAAUUCAUUUAUUUGUCUUCAAAUGUCUGAGGGCACUUACAGUCUAGAAAAGGAGAUAAGUUUAAACAGGUAGUUUGAUGUUAAGGUAUAAAUUGAAAUUAUGUAACAUUUUCCCUGUGUUCGUUAGCAGCUCAUAUCAAGCACCCAAAGGAACACCUUGGAUGUCUUUCCUUAGGCCCUUAAGCUAUAUAAAAGAAUACCUCCCAGGUGUGUUGUGGUCUUUUACAGGAAUGUGUUUCUGAUCAUCUGAAUCUCAAUCAUGUCCAAUUGCCUGCAAAAUUUCCUGCAAAUUACAAGCACUCGUCUUCUGUGUUCAAGAUUAUGCCAACAGGUAACAAGAAGUAAAAGGAAGUUUUUCGGAACUGAGCCAAUAUCCAGAUUGCAUAGGCGAGUUGUCAUUACCGGUAUUGGCUUAGUGACUCCUCUUGGUGUUGGAACUCACUUGGUUUGGGAUCGUCUUAUCGCAGGAAAGAGUGGAAUUGUUUCACUGGUUGGUGAAGAGUAUAAGAGUAUCCCUUGCAGUGUUGCUGCUUAUGUGCCAAGAGGCAGUGAUGAAGGUCAGUUCAAUGAACAAAACUUUGUGUCCAAAUCAGAUAUCAAGUCCAUGUCUUCUCCCACCAUCAUGGCCAUUGGGGCUGCAGAAUUAGCCUUGAAGGAUUCUGGCUGGCAUCCUCAGUCAGAAGCUGAUCAAGUGGCUACUGGUGUUGCAAUUGGCAUGGGAAUGAUUCCUCUUGAAGUUGUUUCUGAAACUGCUUUGAAUUUUCAGACAAAAGGUUACAAUAGAGUUAGCCCAUUUUUUGUCCCUAAGAUUCUGAUCAAUAUGGCAGCAGGCCAGGUCAGCAUUCGAUAUAAACUCAAGGGCCCAAAUCAUGCGGUAUCCACAGCCUGUACCACAGGAGCUCAUGCUGUGGGAGACUCUUUUAGAUUUAUAGCCCGUGGUGAUGCUGGUCACAUAACUGCCCCUGAUCCUGAAGGAGAAGGUGCCGUAAGGUGUAUGGCUGCUGCUUUAAAAGAUGCAGGUGUACAGCCUGAAGAGAUAUCCUAUAUAAAUGCACAUGCUACUUCCACACCAUUGGGAGAUGCUGCUGAAAACAAGGCAAUCAAACAUCUCUUCAAAGACCAUGCAUAUGCCCUUGCAGUUUCCUCAACUAAGGGAGCAACAGGACAUCUGCUGGGAGCUGCAGGGGCGGCCGAGGCAGCUUUUACCACAUUAGCUUGUUAUUAUCAAAAACUACCACCUACUUUAAACCUGGAUUGUACAGAACCAGAAUUUGAUCUCAACUAUGUUCCACUAAAGGCACAGGAAUGGAAAACUGAGAAAAGAUUUAUUGGCCUCACCAAUUCCUUUGGUUUUGGUGGUACUAAUGCAACACUUUGUAUUGCUGGAAUGUAGAACAAAUCAUUUGUAAUUAAAUAUGGAUUUUUAAAUGUUA